CAGAGCUUUUGGUUCCUUUCACAGCAGCACAACGUGGGCCACUGUGUCCUGUAUGCUGGCCGCAGACAUGGCACGCCUGGGCCUCCCUGUCUUCCUCGUCCUCAGCUUCUCCUUGCUCCACAUCUGCAACAGCGGUCCAUCUCGCACCAGGAAGGCUGUUUCACCUCGCCAGUCUGGAGCUACAGAGGAGGAGGAUGUGAUGUCACAGCUCCAGAGGUUGUGGCAGGAGGUCAAUUCUCUGAAAGAGAUGCAGGCACUGCAGACAGUGUGUCUCCGGGGCAUCAAAGUUCAUAGAAAGUGUUAUCUUACAAUUGAGGAACCCAAACAUUACCAUGAAGCAAAUGAAGACUGCAUUGCACAAGGUGGAACUCUUGCAACACCGCGGGACAUGUUGGAAAACAAUGAACUGAGAGACUAUGCAAAGAGGAGUGCUCCCGGGUCUAAGGACUUCUGGAUCGGUGUGGCAGACAUAGUGAAAGAAGGCGAGUAUGUCGAUGUCAACAGCCAGCCAGUCCGCUUCUUUAACUGGGAUCGCUCCAAGAAGCAGCCCACAGGAACGAAGAGGGAGAGCUGUGUUGCUCUUUCAGUGGCUGCACAAGGAAAGUGGUAUGAUGAGGUGUGUCGCAGCCUGAAAAAGUACAUCUGUGAAUAUGUCAUUCCCUGAAGCCAGAAGUGGAAAGAAGAAAUUAAAUAAAAGGAUGUUGACGAUUUGAUGAUCACUGAUGCAGGUUUAUUUGACUAAAACUGUACAAACCCUUGUGUCUAUGAUAGGAAGUUUUUUUCUCUGUGGUUAUUAAUUGGGUUCUAAAACAAUCCUAAUAUUCAAAAUAGUAACU